AUGCUUUCCUCGUUUUGUGGUGAUGACGGUCAUCCGUUCAAAACGGGUCUACCGAACCUAUCAAUAUGUGCUCAGCACACGGUGCUCGUCUGGGUUCCCACCGCCUUCUUCCUCCUCACACUACCAUUUCUCUCGGCUCAAUGUCAUCUGAAUUCGCAACGUUUCGAUCGUCUACCGUUCAGUGCUCACUUCAUUAUUAAGCUCAUUCUCACCGCAUUCCUCGCGGUGAACUCGUUGUUCACAUGGUGCUAUGUGCUAUUCUCCAGCGAGUCUUUCCCGCCCGCCAGUUAUGUGUAUCCUGGAUUAUGGGUCGUUGUUUGGACGGGUACAUUCCUCGUGCAUCUCAUUCGUCUCCGUUGCGGUCUCGUCUCCUCCGGCAUUCAACACGUCACCGCGAUGAUUUUCGCGUUGUGCGGCGCGCCAGAAAUGUAUCAAUGGUGUCGAAUGGAUAACGAGAGCAGUGGGGUGCUCGGGUCGGCUCUAUCGAUUGCCUACUUGAGUUGGUACUCGGCACUUUUGAUCUACACUUUUAUGCUAUGUUUCGCCGAUCCGAGGAGUGGAAUUGUGAAAGGGGCGCACUCCCCAGAACUCCAAUCCUCAUUCCUGAAUCGUCUGACACUCUGGUGGUUCAACAGUGUCCCGUGGACAGGUGCCAAGCGGGAUUUGGAGAUCGAUGACAUCUUCGAGCUCAAUGAGCGUAGUGGCACCCGAUAUCUCAGCGAGUUGUGGGAAUCGUUCUGGGAGCCGAAAAGGCUUAAAUACAUCCAUGAAAACAGCAUUUGGGCUAAAAAAUCGCCGGAAGAACGGACGACGCCAGUGAUUCUUCCCUCUGUGAUCUCAUCACUUUUCAUGAUGUUUCGAUGGGAAUUUUUGUUGGCCUCAACGCUGAAAUUUGUGUCCGACACGAUGCAAUUCGCUAGUCCGUUCUUGUUACACGAACUGCUCAACUUCAUCUCCGCCAAAAACGCCCCAUUCUGGAAGGGAAUGGCUCUCAGUAUCCUGAUGUUCUCCACUUCGGAACUCCGCUCUCUCAUUCUCAACGGAUAUUUCUAUAUCAUGUUUCGAAUGGGCACCAAGAUCCAGACAUCCCUAACCGCCGCCGUAUACAAGAAGACACUUUUGCUCUCGAAUUCUGCCAGAAGGGAUCGAACAGUCGGCGAAAUUGUGAAUCUGAUGGCGAUCGACGUUGAACGAUUCCAGAUGAUCACUCCACAAAUCCAACAAUUCUGGAGUUGUCCCUAUCAGAUCACCUUCGCUUUAGUCUAUCUUUUCAUCACAUUAGGCUACUCGGCGAUACCCGGUGUUGUGAUAAUGGUCAUUUUUGUGCCGAUGAAUAUUAUCUCGUCGAUGGUGGUGAGAAAAUGGCAGAUUGAGCAGAUGAAGUUGAAGGAUGAACGGACGAAGAUGGUGAAUGAGGUGUUGAAUGGGAUUAAAGUGGUUAAACUGUACGCCUGGGAGGUUCCCAUGGAAGAGUAUAUUGAGGAGAUCAGAAGGAAGGAAUUGGCACUGAUUAAGAAGUCUGCAAUGGUACGGAAUAUUCUGGAUUCCUUCAACACGGCUUCCCCAUUCCUCGUGGCACUAUUCUCAUUUGGAACUUUUGUUCUAUCAAACCCCGCCCAUCUACUAACACCCCAGAUCGCAUUUGUCUCAUUGGCCCUAUUCAACCAGUUACGAUCCCCUAUGACUAUGAUAGCUUUGCUUAUCAACCAAGCGGUCCAAGCAGUGGUGUCUAACAAACGACUCAAGGAAUUCCUGGUGGCGGAGGAGCUCGACGAGAAAUCGGUGGAUCGAUCGGAGAAUAUUGAACGGAGUCAUAAUGCUGUGAGAGUGGAGAAUCUGACGGCGACUUGGGAGAAUCCAGAGGAUUCUCGCCAGGCGACACUCCAGGAUCUUGACCUGACGGCUCCGCGGAACUCACUGAUAGCUGUUGUAGGAAAAGUGGGAUCCGGGAAAAGUAGCUUGUUGCAAGCGUUGCUCGGAGAGAUGGGGAAACUCAAAGGAAGAAUCGGAGUGAACGGACGUGUUGCCUAUGUGCCCCAACAGCCGUGGAUCCAGAAUAUGACUCUACGAGAUAAUAUCACUUUUGGUAGACCGUUUGAUCGGAAACGAUACGACCAGGUGCUUUAUGCGUGCGCCUUGAAAGCUGAUAUCAAGAUUUUGCCAGCUGGAGAUCAGACGGAAAUUGGAGAGAAGGGAAUCAACCUGUCUGGAGGUCAAAAAGCGAGAGUGUCGCUUGCCAGGGCGGUAUAUCAGAAUCUUGAUGUCUACCUGCUGGAUGAUCCGCUUUCCGCGGUAGACGCUCAUGUAGGACGACACAUUUUUGAGAAAGUUAUCGGACCAAAUGGAUUGCUUAGAGAAAAGACGCGAAUCCUUGUCACCCAUGGCUUGACAUUCACUAAACUCGCCGAUGAGAUUCUUGUGAUGUUCGACGGCAAAAUCGAGGAAUCUGGAACAUUCGACUCACUUAUGAAGAGACGUGGUGUCUUCUGGGAUUUUAUGGAGGAAUACAAGUCGAGUAGUGAUACGAACAGUGAGGAGGACUUUGACGAGAUUGGCGGCGAGAAGGAGGACUAUGUGAAUCCGGAGGAUGUGGUGUUGACGGUGACGAAUGAUUUGGAUGAGACUGUCCGAACACCCGAACUGACCACUCAAAUCUCGACAAUCUCCUCGCCUGAGAAGCCAUCAAUCGCCACUGGCUCCCCGAAUAAACUCAUCAAAAAAGAAGACGUCGCGCAAGGAAAAGUGGAAGUGGCCACCUACAAACUAUACGUCAAAGCCGCCGGUUACACGCUCUCCAUCGCAUUUAUCGCCUUUUUCAUCGCCUACAUGACGAUGCAAAUCCUCCGAUCAUUCUGGCUAUCCGCCUGGUCCGACGAGUACGAUCCGGAUGCGCCGAGUGCUCAUCCGAUGGCUAAAGGGUGGCGGUUGGGUGUCUAUGGAGCGUUGGGAUUCUCUGAGACGGCGUGUUUCUUUGUUGCUCUAUUGGCAUUGGUGUUUGUAGGUCAGCGCGCUUCGAAGAAUCUUCACGGACCACUCAUCCAUAAUCUUAUGAGGUCGCCCAUGUCGUUUUAUGACACGACGCCGUUGGGACGGAUUCUGAAUCGAUGUGCAAAGGAUAUUGAGACAAUCGAUAUGAUGCUUCCGAUGAAUUUCCGUUAUUUGGUGAUGUGUGUCCUCCAGGUGGCGUUCACCUUGAUAGUCAUUAUCAUCUCCACCCCACUAUUUGCCGUUGUGAUCCUUCCUCUUGCGUUGAUCUACCUAGUAUUCCUCAAGUACUACGUGCCGACAUCUAGACAGUUGAAACGGUUGGAGAGUGUCCACCGGUCACCGAUCUACUCGCAUUUUGGAGAGACCAUUCAGGGUGCCGCGUCGAUUCGAGCGUUCAAUAAGGUUGAUGAGUUUCGCGAGCACUCGGGAAAGAUUUUGGACACGUUUAUCAGAUGUCGAUAUUCUAGUUUGGUAUCGAAUCGAUGGUUGGCUGUGAGACUGGAAUUCGUUGGAAAUUGUAUUAUCUUCUUCGCCGCUCUCUUCGCCGUUCUCUCCAAAGAAUUCGGAUGGAUCACAUCGCCAGGAGUGAUUGGUGUCUCUGUUUCUUAUGCUCUCAAUAUCACAGAAGUGCUUAACUUCGCCGUCCGUCAAGUCUCAGAAAUCGAGGCGAACAUUGUGUCGGUUGAGCGUGUUAACGAGUACACAAACACGCCGAACGAGGCGCCAUGGCGUAUUGAGGGACGGGCUCCGGCUCCCGGAUGGCCUUCCAAAGGAAUCGUCAGAUUCGAUCGAUAUUCGACGAGAUAUCGAGAGGGAUUGGAUUUGGUGUUACAUGAUAUUUCGGCUGAUGUGUCCGCUGGAGAGAAAAUUGGAAUUGUCGGACGGACGGGAGCGGGAAAAUCCUCGUUCGCGUUGGCAUUAUUCCGUAUGAUCGAAGCGGCCGACGGUCGAAUCAUCAUCGACGACGUCGAGGUGUCACAAAUCGGACUGCACGAUCUUCGCAGCAAUAUCACCAUCAUCCCGCAGGACCCUGUUCUGUUCUCGGGAACACUUCGAUUCAAUUUGGAUCCGUUCUCCACGUAUACCGAUGAUCAGAUUUGGAGAGCACUUGAAUUGGCGCAUCUGAAGACGUUCGCCUCGGCUCUGCCCGACGGAUUACUGUACAAAAUCAGUGAAGCGGGCGAGAAUUUGAGUGUCGGACAACGACAACUCGUCGCUUUGUCACGUGCUCUGCUCCGUCACACUCGAGUCCUCGUACUCGACGAGGCGACGGCUGCCGUCGACGUCACGACGGACGCGUUGAUUCAGGAGACGAUUCGGACUGAAUUCAAGGAGUGUACGGUGUUCACCAUUGCUCAUCGAUUGAAUACUAUUAUGGAUUAUGAUAGAAUCAUGGUGCUCGACAAGGGAUCCAUUCUGGAAUUCGACUCCCCGGAUAACCUGAUGGCCGAUAAGAACAGCGCUUUCGCCAAAAUGGUCGCAGAUGCCGAGGAGCAAGAGAAUCAGAAAUAG